AUGCGGCUCCCAUUCCAGUGCCUCUCCCCAUCUUACCUUUGCCGAUCGGACCUCGCUAUAGACUCCACCCUCGAGCCAGAACAGGUGUUCAAGGAGCGCAGCCUUAUGGUUCCCGUGCUCGCAGCUAUGGAGCCCACCUACGAGCCCCACGACGUGUCUCCCUCGACCAAAACCACAUCGCUAGAGUGGAACGUUGACGAGCACGACUGUAGCCGCAGCACCAACUACGCUUGGUCCUCGCACACUAACACUCGCAAUCCCGUCGAGCUUGUGCGCACUUUCACAGGCACUUUUCGAAAAUGUCAAGUAAAGACACGUCGAGUCGCCCUGGCGCCUCGACUUCCAAUGGCGUCCAAAUCUCCUAGAAAGGGACUAGACUUGCUCGCUAAUUGGCAUUUCGCUUUUUCCGAAGCGAAGGAUAGUUGGACUACGUGCAAUUGGUCGGCCCAGAACAGUCCGCUAUCUCUAGAUGAGAAGCAUGACACGUUUCUCCGAGACGAUUACAUUGCCAAGGUGAGCCAGAAGGCAAGAGUUGCCGACAGCGUCAAGUCUGGUGCUGAUGCAGACACCGCCCCUAUAGGGCGAGCCGCAUCCGCGUACCCAAACGCACGUACCGUGCGUUCAGUGCACAAGGAGCCGUGUAGCGUUCAAGACGGAUGUACCUUCAAACGAAAAGUCAGAGCCACCUCAUUCUGCUAGCGUGUCCAUUGAUGGGGAUGCCUGCAGUUGCAAAGACGCUGUUGCUCUUCUUCAUCGAGACGCCGACUGGCUUGAAACUGCAUCUCCAGCUCUGCCGAGCUCCACCGCCGCCCCGUCCAAAGGUAUUGGUCUCUUGCGCACACUCAGCAAGAAGAUGCCCUGGUUUGUUUCAGAUCGUGCAACUAUGCGUCAGGCAGCAAGACGAGCAUCCCAAGCGAGUGGCCAGAAGGGUCAACCUACUCGGACGACGACGCCACGUCAGGCGCGCGACGCCAUCGAACUCGAUGAGCCGCGCGCUCUGUGUCAGUCUCCGCUUGGUGAGCCGCCAAUGCCAGACCACCUUCCGACGACCAAAACGCCGUCCCUAUACAUCGGCAACGGACCUCGUCCAUUGAGCCUGCUGCUCGACGUUUGCGACAACGCCGACACCCAAAGUCUCACAUCAACAGGGCCGACCAGUUUCUCGAGCUCAUCAUGCCAGUUCGAAGAGCAGGUGCACGGCAGUGUCUGCGCACUUGCGCACGAUAGCCUGCCCGGUGCUUUGUCAAAGGGACCUAUCGUACGGAGCAUCGACGUCAAAGCCCAAGCGAUGCGCCGCCAACGCCCUUCCCUGUCGCUGGUUCUCAAAGAACAACACGCUUCUCGAACCUUUUCGGAACCGCUUUUGCGAACGUCGACUCAUUGCACUACACCCGUCCGGCGCUUGACGGUUCGCAAUGGAGUUGCCUCAGCCUCGUCCCCUGCCUCUCUCUCGUCUUUCGACCAUGCGCAAGACGCUGCGAACACUGACUCGAGUCCUACGACUUUCGAGGAUGGUCACCGACUCAUCUCUGCUCCUCCAGGCACCGAGAAUUGGCGACCUUUCCCGCUAGCCGACAUUCACAAAGCUGACAGCGAUACCUUUGAUAGCGAAUCUACACUUCGCUAUCAAGAUCACUGCCCCAUCUCUAGCCCCAUUACACCACGCGCAAGGUGCGAAGGACUGCGUAGCAGCUCCACUUUGCCACACAGGGCGGCUUUAAGAGCAGAGCACGACGUGCCACCGCCACUGAUGGGCUCGACUUGGGGGGCGGGAGCCUAUGCCAAUAAGAAUGUCUCAGACUCUUCGUCUUCCAAUUUCCUAAAUAUGCGCCUGCUGCGCAUGAAUAGAGGAGGCCUGGAACAAUGGUCCUCCUUGACCAGUGCUCCAUUCCCAUUCCAGCCUUCCGAAAGCCCAUCUCACCUCGGCCUCAACAUACACACCACCGCUACUGCGCCCGCAGCUAAAAGGGCCAAUUCAUUUAGCUCUCUCGGCCGUCGUUUCCCCACAAACACCUUCUCUUCCCAACAUCGGCUUUCCACCUUCGCAUUCACAUCUCCCGGCUUUUCCGUCUCUCCUUCUGCUUCUGCUCCUUCGCCCUCGUUCCAGAUCCUGGAACGAAGAGCGACUGCUCCAUGCAGACAUGCAAAGUGCACAACUACCUCCUGCACGCCCAGUGAUGAAUGGAGCAGCAGCGUAUUGACUGCUGUACCUCCUACGCCCAUUGCGGCGCAGCACGACGCUGAUGCCGAUGCCGAUGCCGAUGCUGGUUUUUGCUCGCGCGACGAUUAG